UUCGACGAUGGACGCCUGAGCCCAAGAGGCCAUGCGCCCCUAAACCAACAACAACAACAACAACGACAGUGGCUAUUUUUGGCUUGACGUGAGUUAUUGCCUGUGCGUGGUGGCAUUGUGGGAGGGUUUUGGACAGUCAGUCCUGGAAAUAUCCUCUCCCAGUGGCCAAGGCCAUCAGUGACGACUUCGUGAAUCUUUAAAUUGCGCGUUAUCAGGAUCCCUGGUAGAUCUCUUUUUGGCUGGCAGAGAACCCCGGAUUGCACGUAAACGAGCUCCCGAAGAAGUGCAGCUUGCAGUAUGGCAGAAGAAGCAUUGUUUGAGUUUCUCCACAACGAAAUUGUUGCAUUUAUCAUCGAAAAUGAGCAUGAAACCAAGAAAGAGGACGGUGGCCAGAAUGCUGUCUCCAAACUGGAGAGGAUAGGGUUUGCUGCAGGGUACAGGAUCGUGGAGAGGCUGACCCGAGAGUGGCCCAGAUUCAAAGAUGAAUUGGAUACAAUGAAAUUCAUCUGCAAAGAUUUCUGGCUCGCCAUUCAUCGAAAGCAGAUUGAUAACCUCCGCACGAAUCACCAAGGUGUGUAUGUGCUGCUGGACAAUCGCUUCAGAUUUCUGGCAAAUAUGUCAGCUGGAAAGCAGUACCUGGAGUCAAGCCCCAAGUACCUUGCAUACAUGUGUGGAAUGAUGAGAGGAGCUUUAUCCAACCUGGGUCUGAACUGUGUUGUUACUGCGGAAGUCACCCACAUGCCUGCGUGCAAGUUUCACAUUCAGGUACAAAGAAGUUAGUGCUGUUUUUAAACUCUACCAGAGCAAGAUGUUUGGUUAUGAUCAGCAUUGAUGCUGCUUUUUCCUAUCAUUUCAAGAAAGCAAUUCUCGCACCUUUGGAG